AUGGCGUUUAUGAUGAAGGUUGAGUCUGAUAGAAACCAGCCCAGUAACCCCGAUGCUGGGCCGAUUUCCUGGCCUUUCUUCUCAAAACCAACAUGGACGCAACUGGACACUCAAGGCAUGAUAGUCACUUUGGCUCGUCGUGCUGAUGUGAAGACCAAUAUGCUAUCAUGGGAAACUAAGAACUUGGCUAAUGAGAAGAAUUAUCUCAUCGAAGCACACAAUGUCCAUGCCAGAGAUAUCAAUACACUCAUUAAAGCUUGCAGUAGCGGAAAGAAUGAACGCCCACUAGGUCUCAAACACCGUCACAAACUGACAACUAUGGCUCACCAAAUGCUACUGCCCUCGUCAAGUUAUGUUCUCUACGCCGGAGGCCGCUCAACGUAG